UCUUCUGGACUGGUUUGUGGACCGGGUUGAGCGAAGAAAAGAUUGACCGGAAAAAAGGAGAUAUGCCCUGCCAGUUGACCGGCAAGGCACGGUUCUUUCUUCCCCCCACACUGGAUUACUACGGAUCUGUAUCAAUCACGUUGAACCCACCCUACCGAGUUAGGGUUAAGAGCUUACGAGCUCACUCGGAAACCUGAAAAAUGGUCUACCCAGGUGGACCAAGCAAAGGAUGCUACACCUGUCGUGCUCGCAAAGUCAAGUGUGACGAGGGGAAACCCAUCUGCAUGCGAUGCAUCAAAGGCAAUCGGAUAUGCGGGGGGUAUCGCAUUCUCGACGACCGGAAAACAACAAACAAACGCUCGGGACAGCGCUUGGGCACGUCAAAAGGCGUGGAAGACGUAGCCCGCCGACUCGAGGAUCUCGCUUUAUCUCCCGCCAGCCUCUUGGGCCAGAACAAGGACCAGGAGCGGGCCAACCUAUGCUUGUUUUACAGUCGGCUCGUUCGCCUCCCACAAGCGGAAGGCCUACAUGGGGGGAUUCUCACAGUAACAAUUCUCCCCGUCGUUCUCGCCAAUUUACAGGCGCCCAUAAUAGCGACGUCACCACUACCCUCCGCCUUAUCUGCGCUGCUUUUGACAUUCGUCUCAGACAAGGGCAACUACCAACACUCCGGUGCCGUGACCAAGGCCAUGACAUGCUAUGGUAGAGCACUGAAGCACACUCGUCGGUUGAUGGAAGAGUUCGAUGAAAGUAGGAGAGGUGAGCUUGUCUUGACUGUUUUUGUCCUGGGAAUGUACGAGGAUUUGAACAGCAGCGAAGACCAUGUCAGGGCCACAUCCAAUUCCCACCUUGAAGGGGCAAUGGCCUUUGUCAGGUCACAGCGCUGCGAUAGCUUUGGCGAGGAAACAAGUAGAAGGAUAUACAGUGCACUGCUGACCCGAGCUCUCUUCACAUGUUUUGACGGUCUCAAAGUCACGACCCCCUUCAUCUUCACCCUCAACGAUCUCCAACUGCUCUACGCUGGUCUAGCAGCAGAAAGAAAGCUCGACUACCUCAAUCUUUACAACGCCGCCCUCCUCAUCGUUCACAUCCAGCUCCGCCAGAUCGAAAGAGACGUCUGGCUAGCGCUCUCCUCCAACGGUGCCGCUGCUGUCAGCGCAGCUGCAGGCGCCACCACACUCCUCAGGCAGGUUGCCUCUACCGAAUUCCAAAUGGAUAAGUGGCCAAAUACUCUGUCGCCACAAUCAACCUACACGACCGUCCAGCUACCACUCGACGACCCCAUCGAUCUCUGGGGUACAGAUGCACACGUUUAUCCCACAUUCUCAGCGGGUAAUGACUGGUCACGGUACCGCAUGCUUCAGCUCCUGGCUCACAGUCUGCGCCUGCGAGCUUACCGGAUUAUUUAUGGCCCCUUGCACGGGUUUGGUCAACCUGGCUUUGAUCACGAGAAUGCCCAGCUAUCAGCUCUAGCUGGAUAUGUCGCUACAACUCAUAGCAAGAUUCGUGCAAUAGCGAAUGAUAUAUGUGCAUCCAUGCCGUACCAUCUAGGAUACAAGUCCAAGUUAAAACCUGGACUUUGUUAUCCAGGUGACUCCUUUCCCAGCGGGAAGUACCCGCGCCUCCUAUCCGCGUGCCAGAUUAUCUGGCCUCUGUACGUGGCAGGGAUUGUGGAGGGUGUGGAUGCUGCGCAGAGACUCUGGAUUUCCCGGCAGCUAGCUUUUAUCAAUGCCGAGAUGGGCAUUGGAAAAGCGGCUAUGUUGUCAGAGCUCGUUAGACGAGCAGCUGUUACGGAAACCCAGAGCCUGGGAUGAAUGAAAUCAUGGUUCACUGUCAAUUCCUGCGAAGAUAACUGGCAGAUAUUAAUGUAGAUAAACUAUAUAUCGCUUUCCUUUUAUGGAUGUGUAAAUUUUUCUCUUAUUAUAUUUAAAGUUAUAUUUUAACUAACCGCGGUGAGACACUAUGCCUGUCAAGCAAGGUCGUCCCAAAUCAGCGGUGGUAAGUCUACACUGGCAACGUUCGUGGGUCCCUCAUCCAACGGGAACGGGAAUCCAGCAGGCGGUACACCUGCCAAACUCUCUCGAACUGCCGGAAGUACAAGCGAAGGAAAAGCUGGAUCUACUGCUCCUGUAGUACUCGAGAUGAGGUCCUCGGGCUUGCUGGGACGGCCAUCGGAGGAAGGAGGCUUGGUAUCCUGAGAAUUCUGCUUGCUUUUAGGCGCGCGAUUCGUUCCCUCUUUCAG